GUAAUCGAGCAUUGAUUAUUUUUUAUUUCCAUUAGAAAUGAUCGUCGACCUAUGUAUACGUAAACAUACAUGCUAUUGAUGUGCUAUAUUGCAAUGACCACGUGAAAGAACCUCAAUUAAUGUCGACGAAGUUUGUUGGUUUAAACUUUUUCAUACUAUUAUGUAAACAUAUAUACCAAUUGAGUGUAAAAUGAUUCCUAAUUUAACUACGCAACAAAAAGAUGUUGAAGAUCCCGUUGAAGAAAUGUUAAAAAGGACUGGUUGUAUGGAUCUCCACUAUCAAGUUCAAGAGUGUAUAGCAGAAACUCAAGAUUGGAGAAAGUGUCAGGAACAAGUAAAAAAGUUUAAAGUGUGCAUGGAAGAGCAUCAAAGAAAUCGAGAAAAAUCAUAUACGAAUUAAUAAUAAUGUCAAUAACAAACU